AGGAGAGGAGCAGAAGCACAGGAGAGCAGCUGGAGCGCAUGUAGAGGAGCAAAUGAGGAGGAGAGGAGCAGAAGCGCACGAGAGGAGCACGAGAGCAGGGCUGCUGUAUAUUAUUAGUGAGGGGAAAAACCGCAGCUCCCACACUGUGGAUCCACACCGACAGUGGGGGGUUUUGUGUGGAGGUCCGUCCGCUGAAGAUAAGGCGCGUCCCCGCUGCGUGUAAGCGCGUGAUGGGAGUGAAUGAAGGGAGCGCGCACGGACAACGCGGCGUCGACAAUGACACGGACCCUCGGCACCCUCCUUUACGCGUUUACCUUCAUCCAGAGUGCCACCUGUGCAGACUCUGAAGAGCGUCUCAUGAACUGGCUCCUGUCAAAAGAGCGUUAUAACAACCUCAUCCGGCCUGCCCUGAACAGAACGGAAAGAGUGACCGUGAAGCUGCAGGUCUCUCUGGCACAGCUCAUCAGCGUGAACGAGAGGGAGCAAAUCAUGACGACGAAUGUCUGGCUCACACAGAACUGGAAUGAUUACAGACUGUCAUGGGAUCCGUCCGAAUACGAAGGAAUCGACAAGCUCCGAAUUCCCUCCAGACACAUCUGGCUACCUGAUAUUGUAUUAUACAAUAAUGCUGAUGGCACGUAUGAGGUGACAGUCUUCACCAACGCCAUCGUACUGUUUAAUGGCAGCAUCGCCUGGCUUCCUCCCGCCAUCUACAAGAGCGCCUGCAAGAUUGAGGUCAAGCACUUCCCCUUUGACCAGCAGAACUGCACACUAAAAUUCCGCUCAUGGACGUACGACCACACAGAGAUCGAUCUUGUCCUAAAGUCCGAAGUGGCCAGUAUGGAUGAUUUCACUCCUAGUGGAGAGUGGGACAUUUUAGCUCUGCCAGGAAGAAGGACAGUCAACCCUCAGGACCCGACUUAUGUGGACCUGACGUAUGAUUUCAUCAUCAAGCGAAAACCUCUGUUCUACACCAUCAACCUCAUUAUCCCCUGUGUGUUGAUCACCUCUCUGGCCAUCCUGGUUUUCUACUUACCCUCUGAUUGUGGUGAGAAGAUGACCCUGUGUAUAUCUGUCCUCCUGGCCCUUACGGUCUUCCUCUUGCUGAUCUCCAAAAUUGUACCUCCUACAUCCCUGGAUGUCCCACUAAUUGGCAAGUACCUGAUGUUCACCAUGGUUCUGGUGACCUUCUCCAUCAUCACAAGUGUAUGCGUGCUCAACGUGCAUCAUCGAUCCCCGAGUACUCACACCAUGCCCAAAUGGGUGAAGCUGGUCUUCCUGGACAAACUUCCCAUGUUGCUUUUCAUGCGAAGGCCUGAAGGGAACUCGUCUCGACAGAGGUUACGCCAGAGGAGACAUCUCAAAGAUAAGAGAGCUCUGCUUGGGCUUAGGAGUGGAGCUCCAUGCAAGUCGGGAAUGUCCUCCUCCGCCUCGGUCUUGCUUGCUGCAUCUUCAGCAUCAGCGCUGUCUUCACCAGGACACUUUUACAGCAAAGGGAGCAGCUUUUACCGGAAAGGUGAUCAGCGGCCUACAGAGUUCCUGCCUAAUGGCAAUGCCUUCAAACAGGGAGACAUGAGAGGAGGCGGAGGGCAAUCAGACCUGGGGGCUGAUGUUCAAGAAGCAGUGGAUGGAGUUCGUUAUGUUGCUGACCACAUGAUGGGAAAUGAUGAUGACCAGAGUGUUAUUGAAGACUGGAAGUACGUCGCUAUGGUGGUGGAUCGGAUGUUUCUCUGGAUCUUUGUAAUUGUGUGUGUGGUUGGAACGUUGGGCCUUUUCCUUCAGCCGGUCUUCCAGAACCAGACAGUUCCUGUCUAUCAGCCGAACGCUGAAUCCUCUAGGAGGGAUGGGAUGUAAAGGAUGUGUCACUCUGGGAUGACAAAAACGCCAGAUCUAAAUUUUACAAAAAUAAAAAAAGAGCCACGGUAAUAGCAAGGCAUUGAGAAUGGACUUGUGGUAUAAUCUUGAAGACAGUUUUCUCUUGAUCUGAAGGUCAAAUCAGAUUAGAUGCUGGAUAGAAAUGAUAAAGCCUUUAGAAUGGAUGGUUAAAUGUCUCCAGGAUUACAGCACAAGUUAAAUCACCUUGACUAACUUCUUUAUUUACUUGUCGAUGCCUGAAAAAUGUCUAUAGACUUCCAACCAUGACAAAAAAUGUCACCAAAUUUUGAUUAAACAUCAUCAUCAUCAUCAUCAUCAUCGAUUACCCAACAUCACCUGCCCUCUGUUACGGACAGCCACUGGUGCUUCAAGGUUAUAAGAUUAUAAAAUAUCAGUACAAUUCAUUUUAAAGACACAGUCACAAUUCAUCUAAAAUGACUUCAGGCUAAUAAACCAGUGAAUUAAAUAUUUAUCAGUUAAUGUUUAAUGGUUCUUCUCUUUCUUUAGCUGUAGCAGGACAAUACAGCAUUUUUACCACAACUAUUCUAUUACCAUGUGGAAUAAAAGAUUGUCUAAUAAAAAUUGAUCUCCACUUGCAAUGAUCUGAUUAAAUGCUUCCGCUGGUAGUUGUGCAUUUGUUUAGUCCUGAGGGUCAUGCUGACGGUUAUGCCGAGGGUGGCGUUCACUGACGGCUGAUUAGAUGGGAGGCUAAAAUCCGAUCUCUAUCAAUAGCUGUGUAAGGUCUCACUGACGACAUAAUAAGAAUGAUGUGGAGCAAACACACAGCUAAAGACAACUGCAUUCGUUUUUCAAGUGUUUCUGGGUUCAUGCCAUGUUUCCUUCAAAUGUCAAACUGAAAAGGUCGACAGAAAAGUCCCUUAUAAACCAAAAAAGAAACUCUCUUAACUGCUGUUUGUCCUUUUGUGUGAUUUGUGCUUUAAUCAGAAAGUGUGUGCUUACUUUCAGUUUCACCUUUUAAGGCAUUUUAUGCAAAAAAAAAA